AUGUCUGCACCACCCGCACCAAACAACCCUGGCCUUGUCUCUUCCCACGCCCAAUAUGUCAAGGGCGCUGCUGAGGAGACCAUCGGAAACGUUACCGGUGCUGAGGCAUGGAAGGCAUCGGGCGCGCAAGACAAGUCGCAAGCCGUCGACGCAAUGAAGGCGGCAUCAGCGAACCGUGAUCCCAACCAACAAGGCAUGGGAGGCAUUGAGGAGAAGGCAGGAAACCUCGUCGGCUGUGAAGGCAUGCAGAAGGAGGGUGCUGAGAGUAAGAAGCAAUAG